AUGCGUCAGCGGCUGACGGCAAUGUACGGCACCGCCUUCGUGCAGCUCGGUCAAGGCUCGAUCAACACGCAGUGCCAUACAGCUCUCGAGGCGCUCAAUGCAGACCACUGUUCCGUCGCCGGCUUCCUGUUGACCCUCUGGCUAGCCCGCCCGCAUACCACGAACCAUUUCUUCGUCAACUCGCGCACCAAGCCGCAUCUUCUGUGGGCCAUGAUGGAUGACUCGUGCGUCUCCAACUGGGCGCCGCUGCUCGUCCAGGUCCAUGCGAUGCCGACGGGUGCGGUCAGUGGCGAGCGCAACCACAUGACGACCAAGCGGGUCGCCUCGGCGAAGCGCUCCUGCAUCGGUUUCUGCAGUGCCAAGCGUCAAGUCGCCAUCAGCUUCAAUGGCAAGCAGCUCGCACGCGUCCAGAGCGCAAACGACAUGGAGGACUUUCCGCUCGUGGAGGACGUCGUCGCAGCCGUCGAUGAGUUCCUCAUAGAAGUGCAUUGGGCCACAGAGGAUUUUCAGAGUGCCACGUAA